CCAAACCGUAUGUAUCAUCUUGUGCUGAGCGGCGGUGUGUUGCAUUCAGAUGAUUCGUGGGGACAUUAGCCGCAACACGCUCCUCGCCCUCAUCAACAAAGCUUGCACCUUCCCGCACCUUGCCGAAACCCACGCGCAGCUCAUCCGCAACGGUUACCACCACGACCUGGCCACCGUUACCAAGCUCACCCAGAAGCUCUUUGACGUAGGCGCCGCGAACCACGCACGUGCCCUCUUCUUCUCGGUUCCCAAGCCUGACAUCUUCCUCUUCAACGUCGUCAUCAAAGGCCUCUCCUUCUUCCCCAACGCUUCAUCCGUUUCCCUCUACACCCAUCUCCGCAAAAACACCAGCCUCUCCCCAGAUAACUUCACCUAUGCCUUCGCCGUCGCCGCUUGCCCCGACGACAAGCUCGGCAUGUGCUUGCACACGCAUGCCGUCAUCGAUGGCUUCGCGUCGAACCUCUUUGUGGCGUCCGCGCUCGUUGACUUGUACUGUAAGUUUUCUCGUGUGGGGUAUGCCAGGAAGGUGUUUGAUAAAAUACCUGAGAGAGACACCGUGUUGUGGAACACCAUGAUUACUGGACUGGUGAGGAACUGUUGUUAUGACGAUUCUGUUCAAGUGUUUCGGGACAUGGUGGCGCAAAAGGUGCAGUUGGAUUCCACCACGGUGGCUACUGUGCUUCCGGCUGUUGCAGAGAUGCAAGAGGGGAAAGUUGGGAUGGGGAUUCAGUGUUUGGCUUUGAAACUUGGAUUUCAUUUUGAUGACUACGUGUUAACGGGUUUGAUUUCGGUUUUUUCAAAAUGUGGGGAUGUUGACACGGCCAAGUUGUUGUUUGGGAUGAUUAAGAAGCCGGAUUUGGUUUCUUACAAUGCCAUGAUUUCUGGGUUUAGUUGUAAUGGUGAGACUGAGUGUGGGGUGAAGCUUUUUAGAGAAUUGCUUGUUUCUGGGGAGAGAGUGAGUUCUAGCACAAUGGUUGGGUUGAUUCCUGUGUCUUCUCCCUUUGGGCAUUUGCAUUUGGCUUGCUGUAUUCAGGGGUUUUGUGUGAAGUCCGGUUUUAUUUUGCAUCCUUUGGUUUCAACUGCACUCACGACUAUAUACAGCAGGCUCAAUGAAAUAGAUUUGGCACGGCGGUUGUUUGACGAAUCAUCGGAGAAAACCGUGGCUGCUUGGAAUGCUAUGAUUUCAGGUUAUACACAGAAUGGUUUAACGGAGACGGCUAUCUCUCUUUUUCAGGAGAUGAUGGCGACUGAUUUUAUUCCGAAUCCAGUCACCAUCACGAGUAUUCUUUCAGCUUGUGCUCAGUUAGGAGCACUGAGUUUUGGUAAAUGGGUUCAUCAGUUGAUUACAAGCAAAAACCUUGAGCCAAACAUUUAUGUUUUGACUGCUCUGAUUGACAUGUAUGCCAAGUGCGGGAAUAUUUUAGAGGCUUGGCAAUUAUUUGACUCGAUGAGUGAAAAGAAUACCGUCACUUGGAAUACUAUGAUUUUUGGUUAUGGGCUCCAUGGAUAUGGGCAUGAAGCACUUCAGCUUUUUAAUGAGAUGCUGGAAUUGGGGUUUCAGCCAUCAAGUGUUACUUUUCUUUCAGUCUUAUAUGCUUGCAGUCAUGCUGGCUUGGUAAGAGAAGGAGAUGAAAUAUUCAAUGCUAUGGUUAAUAAAUACAGGAUUGUGCCCUUAGCUGAGCACUAUGCAUGCAUGGUGGAUAUUUUGGGACGAGCUGGACAGUUACAAAAAGCCUUAGAAUUUGUAAGGAGAAUGCCUGUUGAACCAGGACCUGCAGUAUGGGGUACAUUACUUGGUGCUUGCAUGAUUCAUAAAGACACGAAAAUAGCCCGUGUGGCGUCAGAAAGGCUAUUUGAACUGGAUUCAGGGAGUGUAGGAUACUAUGUCUUACUUUCUAAUAUAUACUCUGCAGAGAGAAACUUCCCAAAGGCUGCUUCAGUACGGGAAGUAGUUAAAAAAAGAAAACUAUCAAAGACUCCAGGGUGCACUCUAAUUGAGGUUAAUGGGUCCCCACAUGUCUUCGUAUCUGGUGAUCGUUCUCAUUCUCAAGCAUUAGCUAUCUAUGCAAAGCUGGAGAAGUUAACAAGUAAGAUGAGGGAGAUGGGGUAUAAGCCGGAGACAGUUACUGCUUUGCAUGAUGUGGAAGAAGAAGAAAAGGAACUCAUGUUUAAUGUUCAUAGUGAGAAACUAGCUAUUGCUUUUGGCCUUAUUACCUCUGAACCUGGUACUGAGAUCAGGAUAAUCAAGAAUCUUCGGGUUUGUUUAGAUUGUCACACUGCUACUAAGUUUAUUUCAAAGAUCACAGAAAGAGUAAUUGUAGUUAGGGAUGCCAACAGAUUCCACCAUUUCAAAGAUGGGACCUGUUCUUGUGGUGAUUAUUGGUGAAGCUGAGCAAGUAUUUUUUCAGUAAGUUAUAUUUGCCAGAUGCAUCAUAAUCCAAACUUUUGGUUUCA